AUGUCAGCUUACGACGACCUGAACAGAUGGGCAGCAAACAAGCUUGAUGCUGUUGUUCUGGGAAUAGACUACAGACUUGCUCCUCAGUAUCAAUUCCCAGCUUCCCUUGAAGACUGUGUUUUUGUGAUCAAGUUCUUUCUCUGGGCUAAAGUCCUUGCAGAAUUUGGAGUGGAUCCCUCUAGAAUCUGCAUUAUGGGAGACAGUUCGGGGGGUACCUUGACAGCAAUAGUGACCCAACUGCUGCAGAAUGAUCCAGAAUUUAAAGACAGAAUUAAGGCACAAGCUUUGAUAUAUCCUGGCCUACAAUCACUUGAUACUUUUCUGCCAUCUUAUCGAGAGUAUGAACAUGGUCCAAUUCUGUCCAGGGAGAUGACAAUUAAGUUGGCGUCCCUAUAUGUGACUGAAGACACAGCACUGCUCCAGGCCAUACUGAGAAAUGAACACAUGCCACCAGGAUCAAGACAUCUUUUUAAGUUUGUUAACUGGAGUGACUUCCUUCCUGAGAAGUAUAAAAAGAACCAUGUUUACACGGAGCCCAUUCUUGGAAAACUGAGCACUUCCUAUCCAGCACUUGUGGAUAGCAGGCUCAAUGACUCCCAGUUACAGCAUUUGCCAUUAACUUACAUCCUCACAUGUGAACAUGAUCCUAUAAGAGAUGAUAGUCUCAUUUAUGUCACACGGCUUAGAAAUGUUGGGGUUCAAGUUACUCAUGAGCAUAUAGAGGGAGGAAUCCAUGGAGCCCUGUCAUUUACCAGAGCUCCAGUGUCUUUACAUCUAGGAUUAACAAUAAGAGAUAAGUAUAUUAGCUGGUUAGUGGAAAAUCUAUAAAUCAAUAGUACAUGUAGCUAGGCAGGCAGUAAAGUAACCUGAAAGUUAUGUUUUGAACUGUUGUACGACUAAUGAGAACAAAAUGAUCCGGCUUUGCAUAAAGCUGUAUUUCAAUUUGAAUAAAGAUCGCUGUGU